CAGCUCUUUUGGUCACUUUGGUCACACUGGCGACGGAACAUGUGCUCUGGCAGAGAAAACAAAACAGCGUAAAUUAAUUAGAAUUUCGUGAGUCUAAGAGCUGCAAUCAUGGCGGAUCAUGCGUUUCAUCGGCCGGGGCCGCUGAAGCAAGCGAACAAGGCCCACAAAACGGGCCGUCAUCGCUCCAAAGGAGCCAUUGACAAUGCGCAGAAGGGAAAGAUUGGCCUGAAGGCUAUCUCCCACAAGCACAAGCAGCAGCAGCGCAAGGAGCAGCGUCGCAACCAGAUGAACCAGCUCCGCAAGAACAAAAGGGAUGAGGUGCUGGAGCAGAAGAGAAAGCUUGGAGGUCAGAACACCGCUCCCUUUCUAGUCUGCUUGCUGCCCAUGCACGAGCAGAUCGAUCCCAAGUCCGCACUGGCCAUCCUCCAGAGCUGCGACAGCGAUCUGGUGGUGGAGAACUCCCCAAAUGGGGUUGUUUACAUGAAUCUUCCUCGCUUCAAGCAGCGUUUCGCCUUUGUUUCCCCUCCUGUGGGUCGUGGCAAUGAGCUUAUUGCCCUGGAUUACCUCAAGGUGUGCGAUACCACUCUGCUCCUGACCUCCGCCGCCUUUGGCGAAGACGAGAUCUUCGAUCGCUGGGGCCAACGGAUCUUUAAUAUGAUGUCCGCCCAGGGAAUACCCACUCCUGUGGUUGCCCUCAUGGAUAUGGAGUCCAUAAAUCCCAAGCGACGCACUGCUACCAAGCAAGCGGCUCAGAAGAUCAUCUCAAAGCUUCUACCCGAAGAGAAGAUCAUGCAAUUGGACACGGCCAGCGAAGGUUUAAAUGUGAUGCGUCGCAUUGGCGGACAAAAAAAGCGCAUCCUGCACAAUGUAGCCAAUCGUCCUCACCUCUUCGGCGACGUGGUGGAGUUCAAACCGAGUUCCGAUCCCAGCGAGGAUCUGGGCACCCUUGAGGUUACUGGUUUCCUUCGAGGACAAUCUCUAAACGUGAACGGCUUGGUGCACAUUCCCGGCUUGGGUGACUUUCAGUUGAGCCAGGUGGUUGCCCCGCCAGAUCCGUACAAACUCGACAAAUCACGCGAUGGCGAGAAUGCAGAGGUGCGUCUGCUGGACCGCAGUGAUCCACUAAAGCGCACCUCACUCCAAAGCGAGAACAUACCCGAUCCCAUGGAUGCGGAACAGACGUGGCCCACGGAGGAGGAGAUCGCCGCUUCGCAGCAGGAGACCAAAAAGAUGAAGCUGGUGAAACGUGUGCCCAAGGGCUACAGCGAGUACCAGGCAGCCUGGAUUCCCGAUGUCGAGGAGGUGGAAAAUCCCGGCAGCAACGAUGAUAUGAGCGGCGACGAAGAUGAUGAUGAUGAUGACGACGAGGAGGAUGAUGAGGACUUCAUGUCGUGCGAUAACAAAUCCUUCGAGGACGAGUACGAGAAGCGGGACUCCGACACAGAGGAGUUUCAGGACAGUGUGUCCGUGGCCUCGGAGGCGGCCGUCAACGACGAGAAGUACGACCAGCAGAUGGACUUCCAGGAGGAGUGUGAGACUCUCAAGCAGCUGCAGCAGGCACGCACGGAUCAGCUUUGGCCGGAUGAGAUAGACACGCCAUUGGAUGUGCCCGCCCACGAGAGGUUCCAGAAAUACCGUGGCUUGGAGUCCUUUAGGACAUCACCUUGGGAUGCCAAGGAGAACCUGCCCGCCGAUUAUGCGCGUAUCUAUCAAUUCCAGAAUUUCGAUCGCACCAAGCGAAGGAUUUUAAACGAAGCCAAGGAGUAUGAGGGUGUGCUGCCUGGUUUCUAUGUCACGCUUCAUGUGAUCAAUGUGCCCGAAAGCCGCUGGAAUGCUUUCCGGUCCGCCCAGCUGACGGACAACAUUAUUGUGUAUGGAAUGCUUCCACACGAGCAUCAGAUGUGCAUCAUGAACGUAGUCCUGCAGCGAAUGCCCGACUCAGAGGUGCCCCUGAAAUCGAAAGAGCAGUUGAUUAUCCAGUGCGGCUAUCGCCGCUUUGUAGUAAAUCCCAUUUACAGCCAGCACACUAACGGAGACAAACAUAAGUUUGAGCGCUAUUUCCGCCCGUACGAAACAGUGUGUGCUACGUUUUAUGCCCCUAUUCAGUUUCCUCCCUCAGCCGUGUUAGCCUUCAAAGUGAAUCCCGACUCCACGCUGGCGCUGGUGGCCCGCGGACGCCUGCUCUCCUGCAAUCCAGAUCGCAUUGUUCUCAAGCGCGUUGUCCUCAGCGGACAUCCCAUGCGGAUUAAUCGCAAGUCGGCUUCUAUCCGAUACAUGUUCUUCUACAAAGAGGAUGUGGAAUACUUCAAGCCGGUAAAACUAAGGACUAAGUGCGGCCGACUAGGACACAUCAAGGAAUCGCUGGGCACGCACGGCCACAUGAAGUGCUAUUUUGAUGGCCAGCUGCGAUCCUACGACACUGCGUUCAUGUACCUGUACAAGCGAGUCUUCCCCAAGUGGACAUACGAGGAGUGCCUGGUACGAACGGCAGAGCACGAGCGACAGCAUGCGUCUGCAAACAGAAGAACCUCCCAGCAAAUAGCAAUGGAAGAGUAAAUGAGUAUUCGAGUGGAAGGAUAAAACUUACUCUUAUAGCUAAAAAGUAAUCGAAGGACAAUUCAAAACUGUUUUUUUUGUAAUGUUUAUCAAUUUUAAAGUUGACCAUUUUACCAAGAAUGGAAUACAGGAUUGAUGUUUAAAAGUUAAAUGAAAUGUCCAAACGAAUUAUUUUCCCCAUAACCAUCCCAAAAGUACAUACAGUGUGUACAAAAAACCCGCAUCCAUUGCUAUUUAUGUAUGACUGCGUUGUAUAAUAGGAAUAAUAGAAUUAUAUUCACAAACAAUUGUCUUAACUUAA